AUGGGGCAUGGUUGGGACUUUUUCCUGCUUUCCUCUGAAGGGCUUUCUGGUGGUAUUAUUGUUAUUUGGAGAUCGAAUUUGGCGACAUUUUCUGUUCUGAAAACUUCAGAUCAAUGUGUCAUUGGUGAUCUCAAUGUUUUCAAUAGAGGAGUUUGGAUGAUUACUACUGUUUAUGCUAGCAAGGAGACUCUUAAAAGGAGGUGUCUUUGGGAUUUUGUUCAGGAGGCUUCCCAUAGAGAUAUUCCUUCUAUUGUUGGAGGGGAUUUUAAUUGCAUUUUGGCUAAAGAAGAUAAAAAGGGGGGUAUGAGGUUCAAAUUCAAUCAAGGGGGUUUGGAUAUGGUGAAGUUUAUGAAUGAGAAUGAUUAUCAUGAAGUUGGGUUUGUUGGACCGAGGUUCACUUGGUGUAACAACAAAAGUGGAGGAGAUCAGAUUCUGGAAAGACUUGAUAGGUGUAUUCUUAACACCUUGGCCAUCAACAAAAUCCAAAUUACUUUGGUUAGACACCUUGCCAAAGUUGCUUCGGACCAUUGUCUGAUUGUUCUAAAGAUGUUUGAGUCAGCUUGUAAAGGAAGAAGUGGGUUUAAGUUUGACGACACUUGGCUAUCCUUCAAGACUGUUGAGCAUAUUAGCAAGGCUAGACUGAAGAAUUUCUCCUUGGAGAAAGACAGAUUGAAAGCUGAGAUUAUUAACUUGCAAGAAGAAGAAUCAAUACACGGUUGGUUGACUGAGGAGAAGCUUUGGUUACUUAAAGCUAAAGUUAAAGAGCUUAAUAUUAUUCUUAAUAAUCUAAAUACGUGGUCGAAGCAAAGGGCAAAAGCUAAGUGGAUUAAAGAUGGUGAUGCAAAUACCAAAUUCUUCCAUUCCUUUGCUAACUCUAGGAGGAAUGUUAAUUGGAUUUCUCAAGUUAAGGACUCUAAUGGGGUAAUGACUGAAGACCCAAAAGAGGUUGAGGAGGUGUUCAAGAGGUUUUUUCAGGGGGAGUGGAAAUCCAGGAUCUGCAGCUUUGCUGGAUGGCCAAAAUCGUGGACAUUGUUGCAAGACUGUGAUAAGGAAUUGUUGAUUAAGGAUCUGGAUGAAGCUGAAAUUAAAGAAGUUAUAAUGAAUCUGGGCAGUAAUAAAUUUCGAGCUUUGAUGGAAUCACUUAUUCCUUCUUCAAAGCUUUUUGGAAUAUUAUUAGAGUGGAUGUUGUGA